AUGGGGUCGCGAGGACCGGCUUCGGCCUUUGAGAGCAAAACCUUCGGCCAAGAUGCAUCCUUUCGACUUGAGCAGCCCGUCGGCUCCAUGUCAAUAUCCCCGAGCGGACGCGACGUGGCCUUGGCCUCUAAAGAAGGGCUUCAUAUCAUCGAUCUGGACUCGCCCUAUUCUCCUCCGCGUUACCUGCCACACCGAACGCCCUGGGAGGUGGCUGAUGUGCAGUGGUCUCCUUUUUCGGCGCGAGACUAUUGGGUGGUCAGUACAUCAAAUCAGAAGGCACUGGUAUGGAAUCUGGACGCUCGUUCGUGGCAGGAUCCGAUUGAAUUUGUGCUGCACGGCCACACUCGAGCAAUCACCGACAUCAACUUCUCUGCUCACAAUCCCGACGUCCUGGCCACUUGCGCCGUGGACAGUUUUGUGCACUGCUGGGAUCUGAGAGCACCAUUGCGGCCGAUCAAUUCCUUCUCGGAUUGGUUUGCUGGCGCUACCCAAGUGAAAUGGAAUCGGCAGGAUGAACACGUCGUUGCAAGUUCGCACGACAAGUUUCUCCACAUCUGGGAUGAUAGAAAUGGUGCGUAUCCUGUUCGGACAGUCGAAGCUCACGGCACCAAGAUUUAUGGAAUCGACUGGAACCGACAUCAUCGCAACAAAAUUGUCACGUGCUCGCUGGACAAGACCAUCAAAUUCUGGAACUUUGAAGGCCAAGAGAGCACUCUUGAGCGCGAAAUUGACACGCCAUUUCCCGUCUGGCGGGCUCGCCACACUCCUUUCGGAUGGGGUCUCCUCGUCAUGCCACAGCGCGGUAACAGCGACUUACACCUCUACGAUAGGCGUGCCGUCAACGGAGUCCUUGAGAGUGGCCACGUUCGCCCAGUUGCAACGUUCAAGGGCCACGAUGGUCAGGUCAAGGAGUUCCUAUGGCGUGCCCGAGGAAGUGUUGUCGAUGCCAUCGAUCAGCGAGACUUCCAGUUGGUGUCUUGGGGCACGGAUCGAGAGCUGAAGCUUCAUGCCAUUGAGCCCGAGAUGUAUGCAGACAUUGGCUAUGAAAAGGGCGUCUCUAGAGUCCAGCGGCUGAAUUUCACCCGCAAAGGCGCCAUUUACAAAAGCUUCCGUGAUGUCCCAGGGGACGCGGAUUCGCCGAUGGAGGAUGCACCUCGAAGCGACAUGAUCUCCCGUCCUGGCUAUUCCACGCAUUUUCGGCCUCGAAGCAGUACUAGUGUUGGCAUGAACAAAAUCCCUGUUUCCCAAUUCCGCGGCUGGGUGCAAGGCGGCCGUCAUGGCCAAAGAUCGGGCAUGCAUGGCAAGGGAAACAGUCGGCAGACUGCCGACCCUAUUGCGUGGCUGAAGAAUGUGAAGAUCUCAUCAUGGGAUCCCGACACGUUGGCGGAAGAGAUAAGGCACGUUGGGGAGAAAUUCAAACGUGUAGAGUUCGAGUUGGUCGAUAUCUCUCAUCGCAAAGCGGUCAUGUCUCUGGAAGCUCCCUGGGGCGACGACCAAGGCCAAGUCUUUUUGAGGGUCGAGAUGAGGUUCCCUAAGCUGUACCCGCGAAGCGCAAAUGCCGUCCUGACCCUGCAGAAGUCGGCUUUCCUCGACGAGGCCAAAUAUAGACUGAUCACUACUGAGCUACACACAAUUGCAGAAACUUACGCCUCCCGGAAGCGGGGCUGCCUUGAAGCCAUUUUGCGGUAUCUGCUGCGAGAGCAGAGUCUCGAGCAGAUUGUUGGCUGGGUGCUUGGAGAAUCGCUGGUCGACUCCAAGAUCUUCGAGACAGGCGCGGUGCCCGAGGACGAUGAAAGCACCGACAGUGAUGACGAUGAGCUCGAGGGUGUACGGGAAGGCCUCGAUGCAUCGGCCAAUGUUCUUGUGCCAAUUGCCAAAGGAUGUGGUGCUCUGUGGUCUGAGACAGGAAAACUGGUCUGCUUCUUCCCGGCCAAAGGCAACGAGCCUGCCUCGUUUCUAAGCACGCUCGGCGUCAGGGAUCUUGAAGAUUCGCAGUCAAGCAGAUUAUUCGAAGGCUUUGGCCGUCUCCAUACAAGCUCGCCCGCCCGCAAGACUACGGCUGGUACCAAAACAGCCGACGACGAUUCGGAUUCGGAGACCUCAGAGUCAUCGUGGAACUCGUCUAGCACCUCUUCUUCAUCCUUUGAGACCGAGCAGAACGAGCGUGGUGUCUCAUCAUACCGAGUCGGGGCGUCUGGUCACCAACAUCGCUCACGUUCACCCGACCGGUCCAACCACUCUACGACUGGUGGUGGCGCGAAACUGAACGAAGUGCCACCUCGCAAGAGUGCCGUCUCCAUCCGCACGUUCGAUGAUCUGAUUCCCUCCAAACGCGAGCUUGCCGUGGAGUAUCGUAUCUUCGGCAAUGGUCAAGAGGUGUGCAAGCAUAAUGCUGCAGUCGCCCAAGACGCCUCUCUGGAGGACCUUGCAUCCGUGUGGACGCUUCUGGGGCUCGUGCUUGACGACGCAGUGCCACUUGAGGUCGUCCCUGAGCUGAGCCAUACUACUGUCCAGGAUAUAACAGUCAUUGCAAGAGCAGUGGCAAGGAAACACAAGCGUAAUCGCAUAAUAGCUGGGCUGUCACGUCGAGAAGCAAUGGGCAGAAUGCGAUGGGGCAACCAUCCCCUCGGUGCACAUUACUUGCUCCCAGCCAUAUUCGACCACUUUGAGCGGCUUGGAGACAUACAAAUGCUCGCGAUGCUAGCCUGUGUCAUGGCCUCCACGCUCAACGACGGUCUUAUCACCGGAGAGACCCUUCAUAAGCAAGGGCUGCAUGCGCCGUAUAGUGAACGACUAGUCCAGGUUGACUACUUCCCUUCAGGAGAUGUGGCCAGAUCUGUUCUCCGAAAUCUCACGGAUCCAGAGGGAUAUGUCCUGGUCGACAACCAAUCAGUUCCUCCCAGUCCUGGCCUGCAACCUCCAGGUAGCGGUGACAGUCAGCGGAGGCCUUACCUUGGCGUCAUUCGGCAAGGAAGUCAGUUCUCGACUCGAGCACCUAGUUUCGUGGCGGAUGAUUCGAGCGAUCAAGAUCCCCCUCGCUCUGCGAGUGUCUCGAUGUCUACAUCUCCUGAAGGGAAUAGACCAAGCAACAAGUCGCUCUCCGGCAUCACAUAUUCCACGGCAAAGGCGAGUCUGUCCGCGCUGACGCAGUCAUACUCCAAUUCUCCUCCUAAUCAGAGCACGUCUUCCAACUUUGCAUCAAGUCUGAAGAAGUACAGUCCGUCUGGGUCAUUGACUCCGGCCUGGGUGCCAUCUGCAUUAUUCGCGGGACAACAUGCAAGCCGAACUUCACGGACUUCUUUCCAGACCGGCGACGGUGGCGCACAAGAUAGUCGCGAGCCAGCCAACCGCUCGUCCAUAUCCUCAUCGACCUUUCCAAGUUCGCGCAGGAGCCACAUGUUUCAAACCUCGACCCAACCACGGAGCGUCAGAUCAACUGCUGAGACGGAUGUGUCGGAACAGACGCAGCGGAAGAAGUCUCCAAGACGCAAGCGACUGAGGACGCGACUUCUCAAUCAGGAUCAGUUUGAUUUCGAUGGCUAUCCAUCCACUCCACUUCUGGGUCCGCUGCUUGCGUGGAAGUGCAAGAUGUAUCGCGCAAGCUAUGCUCAGCUUCUCGACGUCUGGCAAUUGCCCGUUCAGCGGGCUGAAAUGCUCAAGUUUGACGGAGUUGUCACUGAAGAUACAAUCGCGCCGUCACGACACCGCGGCUCGGCUGUUCAGCAACAGUCGUCUGGUUUGGGCCGGCCUCGACGGAAGACGCUGACAUCAGCAUCUCGGGCGACAAGUCCUGGUUUGGCUAUAAGGCAGUGUUGUUGCAGUUGCGGCGAACCAGUGGCUCCGAUUGAAAAGAACAGAGUCCCAAUCGGAUGGAACUGCGUUACUUCAUCUUGCAUAGCGUGUAAUCCAGCGAUAGGCACAGUCGUCAACAAAGUGCCCAAACGCGGAGCGUGCGCCAUUUGCAACACUUCCAUCAAGGGGCUUGCGGUGCCAUGCCUACAGUGCGGGCACAUGACAUGCUACGACUGUGCUCAAGGCUGGUUCGGCGCUGACCGGGUGAAAGACAACCACAAGCCCCAUUCCCGACGUUCGUCAGAUAAGUCUGAACUCUUUCCGAUUGAGGACGAAGAAGGCAUCUCCGCGGCCUUUGAACCCACAGAUCUCGACGCCCAGACCACCUGCCCGACCGGCUGCGGCUGCUCCUGCGCAACCCUCACCACCGUCCAAGUCCCUUACCCGUCCACAACGACGCCAGAUCUCAGCAGCAGCGACGUGAAUGCUGAGCACGAGUAUCUCGCCCCACCUCGGCUGGCCCACCAAUCAAGCCGCAGCAGUGGCGGAAGUUCCACGCUGCCACGGUCAUCUAGCCUUAUCAUCCCCGGCCCAUCCUCCGAAGGCAGCGCGGACUCUGCCCUAGCGGCGAUUCUAGCCCUCACACAAUCUCACCAGCGGUCGAAAUCCGUACAUCUGGGCGGGGCAGGAGCGGGAGCGGGAGCCGGACCAAGGAGUCGAGGCGCCAGUUCCGUCGCCGCAGAAUCGCAGACCCAGAGUCCCAAUCCGUCACAUGAACACGGCGGAGGCGGUAACCGGGCAGCAGCAGCGGCCGCCGCCGCAACAACAGUGGACGAGGAGACGAGUCUCAACCCCUUUGCGGGCAGCAAGAUCGCGACGUUGGGCAGGGGUAUCGGCGCGGGCUUGAGUCGCGGGUUGACUUCCAAGGCCAGCGACGCGACGAUCCGCAAGGUCAAGUAG